CAUUCCCUCUCCCCUUUCCCUCUUCGUCACCCUCCGCCAACAACUCCCUGCCGUCCCACUCGUCGAACUGCAGCCGUCGGCCAACUUUAUUCAUUCCUUCUUUCCUUUUCCUCCAGAGUCCAGUCCCACGCGGCCGCCCCUACUUCCACAGUUCCACUAACCGACGUUUUCUGACAAACAAUAAUCAAAUUCCAUUAUUCCAAUGUCGCGCUUGGUUCGUUACUGCCGUGGCCUCCCGCGCUUCCCAAACCCUCCUCCAGUGAAACCCCAACUUCUAGCUCUCAAUCUUUCAACCACCUCAUCCACUGCGGAGAAUGUAACUCCGGCUGAUCGAAUGGCGGGGCCGCCUCCAAUUCGAGUUGAUCUCACAGAGUCAGCCGGCCGAGGCGUGUUCGCCAGUCGGAGGAUCGGCGCCGGAGAGCUCAUCCACACGGCCAAACCUGUCCUGUGUCACCCCUCCCUCUCUUCUAUUAGUGCUGCCUGCUAUUUUUGUCUAAGAAAGGUCAUUUCUGAAGGCCAAUCCCCUACGUUCUGUAGUCGGAAGUGCGAGGACAGCGCGAAGGUGUUUUAUGAUGUCGAGAAGAAAGCUGAUUGGUCGGAGUUUGAUGCUUAUUGCCGGUCCCAGGGUCUGAAGUAUCCACAGAUGGUGAAGCGGUUAGCUUGUCAGGUUAUAUCAGGAGCUGCAUCUGCUGAACUUCUUGACAUACUUCAACCUGCUUCUGUUUCGGCAGAGAUGGCCUUGAUGAUGGAGGAGGGAUAUGGUUCAUUGAGGAGGGCCCUUUCUGGAGCAAACAUUCCAGAUGGAAAGACCACAUUUCUAUCCAGAGAGUGGUAUUAUGGGGUGCUGGCACGUAUUCGCAUCAAUGCAUUCCGCAUCGAGUUAGCUCUUAGUUCAUAUGAAGAUCUUCUCUCAUCUGCUGCUGCCUGUGUAGAAGCUGAAGCUGCUGUGGGGAAUGCUGUUUAUAUGCUUCCCUCCUUCUACAACCAUGACUGUGAUCCAAAUGCACACAUUGUAUGGAUAGAGAACGCAGAAGCAAAAUUGAAGGCCCUUCGUGAUAUCGAGGCAGAUGAAGAGUUAAGAAUCUGCUACAUAGAUGCGAGUUUGGAUCAUGAUGCUCGGCAGACUGUGUUGCUCCAAGGUUUCGGCUUUAAGUGCAAUUGCCCUCGAUGUCUGUCCGGGGAUUAAAUAAAGUUCCAGUCAUUAGGGUGCCUUGUUUCUGUGGUUGAACUUUUACUGGUAAUAAAACUCCAGAAUCCGAUCUAGCGUUACAGCUUUUGCUGGUUUCCUUUAUACUCCAUGAUUUGACUAAUUCUGACAAGGUGACAACACACAGUAGUAUGUCAUCAAGCUUGUGGGUCUUCAUCCCUUAGCUUUUGUUGUGUCUUUCGGAGGUCGAAUCCAGAUCUAUUGUUAAACGUUUCAGGACUACUGGCAUACUGCCCAGUGGUUUGGUCAAGGACUCCACCAGUAAACAUAACAUAAAGACCAAUUUGGUUCUCGGCACAGUAGUUCUGAGUUCUGACGAGGCCUCCUGUUUAGCAGCUUUUGAACAACAAACUCCAGUGGAACCUUUAAGAAAUUUGUUCAUACUAGUCAAUGAUUGAUGCAUCUACAAUUCCUGAUUAGUACAGAAGAUAUGAAUUGGAAAAUGA